AUGCCCGUGUGGAGUGGAAAAAAACCCCGGAGCUCUAAUGGGAGUCAGUGGCGCCGGAAAAACCACUCUCAUGGACGUGCUUGCCGGUAUCCAAAAAAACAAGAAACAUUCGCACGUAUUUUUGGAUAUUGUGAACAAAACGACAUCCAUUCACCUCAUGUUACUGUUUACGAGUCUUUGCUAUACUCAUCCUGGCUCAGGUUAGCCACAGAUGUCGAUGAACACAAGAGAAAGCAAUUUGUAGAUGAAGUGAUGGACCUUGUGGAAUUGAAUCCAUUGAAGGAUGCGUUAGUUGGAUUGCCAAGUGUCAAUGGUUUGUCAACUGAGCAACGAAAGAGGUUAACAAUAACGGUUGAGUUAGUGGCUAACCCGUCUAUAAUUUUCAUGGAUGAGCCGACUUCUGGUCUUGAUGCGAGAGCUACUGCCAUUGUUAUGAGAGCUGUAAGGAAAACAGUCGACACAGGAAGAAUAGUUGUUUGCACAAUUCAUCAACCCAGUAUCGACAUUUUUGAAGCUUUUGAUGAGUUGUUCUUGAUGAAAAGAGGAGGACAAGAGCUGUAUGUUGGGCCUGUGGGUCGCCAUUCUUGGGAUAUAAUCGAGUAUUUCGAGGCUAUUAAUGGCGUAAGUAAGAUAAAAGACGGAUAUAACCCUGCUACCUGGAUGUUGGAAAUGAAAUUGAAGAUUUGUGAACAUAUGGAUCAGUUUUAGGUGCUUCUUAAACAUGAUGAUGAAAUUGAAGAUUUGUGAACAAUACACAGAUCAGUUUUAGGUGCUUCUUAAACAUGAUGUGCUAUGUAUUUGGACCCAAAAAUGCUGGAAAGUCUGCAUUGUUAAGUUGAUUUAUCGGAAGGUAAAAGUUUUCCUAAUUUUUUUUUUUGCUAUUAAAGUGUUGUUAUGGAUAAAAGAGAUGGAAUGAUGUUCAGUUUGAAGUUGAUGUGCUGUGAAAUUAGAAGACUUAUGAAGGAUUUGAAGGAUGUUGAAGGGUUCAAGAUUGGCUAUUAGGGAUGGAAAAAAACCUCAUACCCAACGGGGAACCCGAAACCCGCAUCCGUUUUGACCGGGAAAUCCCCAAGUUGACCGGGGAUGGGGACGAUGAUGGGGAAUCCCCGAAUAAAAAAGUGGGAAUGGGGAUGGGGAUGGGGAUACCCCUAAUCCCCGACCCUGGACCCGCCUCCGAUAUAUAUUAAUAAAUAAAAAUAAUACAAAAC